CGUGACCAUCCGGGCCAGGCGCACUAGCAGGGCGCAGGCGCAGAUUGUGGGCAGCGGGGUCAGUUAGCGUAAGGGGUCUUGGAGCGGUUUUGGGUCGCUUGCCUCCGCUUGAGAGUUACCGCCGUCAUGGCAAGCCAGUCGCAGGGGAUCCAGCAGUUGCUGCAGGCCGAGAAGCGGGCCGCCGAGAAGGUGGCCGAGGCCCGCAAGCGAAAAAACCGGAGGCUGAAGCAGGCCAAGGAAGAAGCUCAGGCUGAAAUUGAACAGUACCGCCUGCAGAGGGAGAAAGAGUUCAAGGCCAAAGAAGCUGCGGCACUGGGAUCUCAUGGCAGUUGCAGCAGUGAAGUGGAGAAGGAGACCCAGGAGAAGAUGACCAUCCUCCAGACCUACUUCCAUCAGAACAGAGAUGAAGUCUUGGAUAACCUCUUGGCCUUUGUCUGUGACAUCCGGCCAGAAAUCCAUGAAAACUACCGUAUAAAUGGAUAGAAGAAGAAAGAAAUGCCUGUUCCAUGAGUUGACAUUUUAGAUGCCCCCAUGCAGUGUGAAGCUUUAGCAAAGCUCAAGUUCUGUUCUUAUGAAAAGCAUUAAAUUAUUUCUGUAUAUUAUCCUAUAGUAGAUCCCUUCACUUUUUGGAGAGCAAAUCAGGCUUCUUUGUACAGAUUUAGAACUUGUCUAAAGAUUUCAUCUUUUUACCUCAUAUUUCUUAGAAAUUUAAUAGGCAUAUGUUAUAUGUUUUCCUGUGCUUUUAGCUCAGUUACCAUAUAUAUCAGUGUUGACUUUAAGUGCUAGUGUAAAAAAAAAAAACAAAAAACAAAAACGAAUUCUUUGAAGAAAGAAAGGGAUUAAAAAUUUUUCCCUAAUGCUUUCUUAAAGGUCAGGGGCUUUAUCUAUGAAAAAGUAGUAAGUAGUUAUUUGUAACCUGUGUGAAGCAGCUAGCCUGAAAAUAGCCCAUUCUUGCUAUUAGUUAGAAUAAAUAGAUACUAAUGUAAUUGUUAGGGCUGCUUUUAGUUUCUGUUACUCAAAAUUACUAGAUGAUAGAAUUCAAGAACUUGUUACAUGUUAUUACUUGGUGUACUGAUAAUCAUUUAAAAGUAAAGAGUCUUUC